UCUUUUUCAAGAUGACACGAUGAUCCAGUGCUUCGCAUCAGUACCACCGCUCCAUGCUUCUCACCAUCACUCCCUCCAUUUUCUUCCUUCUAAAAUCACUGCCACGUUGCCAUCUUCUUCUUCAUCUCCAUUCUUAUCAACAACAACAACAUCAAGAAGAGCAGUUCUAUCUUUCCCCAUCAUCACGACCACUUUGAGUGCCUUAACUUUACCAUUCUCCUCUCCUACUUCUUCAAACGCCGCAUCCGCCGCCACCGUCGAGCUUUCCGAGCUCCCGAACUCCGGCGGCGUCAAGGCGCUCGACCUCCGAACUGGGUCGGGCCCAGUUCCCGUUAAUGGUGACCAAGUUGCAAUACAUUACUAUGGAAGGUUGGCAGCGAAACAAGGGUGGCGGUUUGAUUCAACAUAUGAUCACAAAGAUGGAAGUGGUGAACCGAUUCCUUUUGUUUUCACCCUUGGGUCUGGCAAAGUAAUUCCUGGGAUUGAAGCAGCUGUAAGGUCAAUGAAAGUAGGUGGAAUCUGUCGAGUCGUCAUUCCCCCAUCGCAAGGAUAUCAGAACACAUCACAAGAACCACUGCCACCUAAUUUUUUUGACAGGCAGAGGCUGUUUACUACCAUUUUCAAUCCGACCCGUCUUGCCAAUGGGGAAGGCUCCACAUUGGGGACUUGAAUUUUUGAUAUUGAGCUGGUCAGCCUGAGGCAUUAGUGAGAUCAACUUGCAUGAUUCUGAAAAAUUGCUUCUCAUGCUCGAUACAAGAAAUCCUAUGCAGAAACAAUAGUUUGCAAGUAUUCUGUGAUAUCUGGCCGAUGCCAAUGAUCUUUAGCAAACGAGUAAACACAUACAAACUAUACAUUGUCUGCAAAAAGAAAAAGAAGGAAAUUACAAAGCUCUUUAUCGAGCACGAAAAAAAUGAUUCAUUAUUUUGAUUGAAUUACUGUCUUCGUUAAUAUGUUGAAAUCUUUAUAGUAUGCAUCACACUAGAAGUUGAUUGAAUUAUUUUUAUAGCUAAAGAUUCAUUUAUCUUUUGUGUUAGUGAAAAUUUACAUGCAGGUUAAGUU